CCUGCUGACCCUUCUGGAGUGCGGUGGCGUGUGGCCGAGGGGACUUCUGAAAGAUGAAGUCCAGUCUGAAACAGCGGCUUGCCCUCGGCCUCAUGCUGGCCUGGGUGCUGCUGUUCCUGGUGCUCCUCUCCUACUUCAUGGAGUCCCGAGUGGACGACCCGCACUCAGCGGCCGCUCUCUCCUACACAGACACGCGGCGCCUGACCUCGCUGCAGGGCAACCCCCGCACCAUUAUGGCCACCUAUUUGGGGCUUGGCACCUCAACCCUCCCUGCCUCUAGGAACACCCAACAGGAGCAAAGCCAGGAGGAAAACCCCAGUGCCGACCCCCAGCCCAGUCCGCUUAGCCAGGAGGCCUACCCCUAUCCCGACCCUCAGAGCCUGGCAGCCUGGUCUGCAUUCGGCACCCAGGACGUGGGUUCCAGAUCGGCCGCUGUGAGUCGCAACCGUGAGAGACAAGAGUAUACUCAGGAUUCCCCUCAACAGGAUGAAGAAGAGGACGAGGAAGAGAAGGUGGGAGGGGAAGAGGAAGAUGAGGAGGAGGGAGACGAGGGCAGGAGGAGGAAGACUAAACAGGCGGCUAUGCGUGAUGACUCUGACCCGGAUGAGUACUAUAUUCCCAGGUCAAAAUCCGUAGUGCGCGGCCUGUGGAAAGGGAGUUUGUCCGUGGGCAUGCUCAGUCCUCGCCUGCAGAGAGCUAUGAAAGACUAUCUGAAUAAUAAUAAACACGGCGUGGCCUACAGGGGGCACCGGAAGGCGCAACAGAGCGGCCAACAGGUGUUGUGUGAGCUGAAGAAGGGGGAAAAGGUUCGAACUUUGGAUGGGGCCGAGAUGCCUUUUUCCAAUUUAGGCUGGCAGAAGAUUGUACCUGCCUUACCUUUAAGCCAGCUCUACGGGCCAGGCUUCCAGACCUGCGCUGUGGUCACCUCUGCCGGAGCCAUGCUUCACUCGGGACAUGGCAAGGAGAUUG